AUGUCACUCGGCCAGUUUAGUCAAAGCGGUACUGCUGUGGUUUAUGGCAGGAUUAGGCCGCUUUUUCAUGGAAUUGGAUGGAGUAUGUCAGCAAUGUCAUUAAUUGUUUCAGUUUAUUAUAAUGUUAUUCUUGCAUGGGUAUUAAUCUACCUUUGGACUAUAGUAACAGGCCGUUCUGGAGAAUGGGCUUCAUGUAGAAAUGAUUACAAUACUAUCUGUAAUAAAUAUAAUUUUUCAAACUAA